CAUUCUAAGCAAAUUGAAUGUUUUUGCAGCCAUCCAGAACAGAAGGGGCAACUAUUGUUUUAUUGUUGUCUUGCGAACUGAAACACGCAUGCGUAAAAACAACCACGAGGGCUGAAGUUUGACCCCUACCGAGAAAAUCUUAAACGGAGUUGGAAAUGCAGCUGCCACCUCACGAGGGAGAUGAGCUCUCAGUGGUUGACAUGCACACGGGUGGAGAGCCUUUACGGAUCAUCCACAGUGGUUACCCAGAGGUCAAAGGUGACAGCGUGCUGUCCAAAAGGCGGUAUGUCCGGGAACAUCUGGAUCAUCUCAGGAGGAUGCUGAUGUUCGAGCCACGUGGACACUACGACAUGUACGGGGCCCUGAUCGUGGACAGCGAGCUGCCUGAGGCGGACCUGGGGGUGCUGUUCAUGCACAACGAAGGCUACAGCACCAUGUGUGGACACGCCGUCAUCGCACUGGGCCGCUUCGCUGUGGACUACAAACUGGUGAAAGAACCGCAGUCACCAGAGACUCAAGUGAACAUACACUGUCCCUGCGGUCUGGUGAAGGCGUUUGUCGAGUACUCUGAUGGUAAAACGGGUGGAGUGAGGUUUCUCAGUGUGCCAGCGUUUGCAUUUGCUACAGAUGUGACGGUGACUGUGGAAAGGUUUGGUGAUGUGAUGGUCGACAUCAGUUACGGAGGAGCGUUCUACACCUUUGUAGACGCCCAGAGGUUCGGCCUUGAUGUGACCAAGUCCAGGACUCGAGAUCUGGUGGACGCAGCCACAGCGGUGACCAACGCUGUCAAGUCUCAGGUGAAGUUGCACCACCCAACCAGCGAUGAUCUGGCCUUCCUCUACGGCACCAUCCUCACCGACGGCAAAGAUAACUAUUCCUCUGAUCCCACCGCCAACAUCUGUGUGUUCGCUGAAGCUCAGGUGGACCGGAGCCCCACUGGUUCUGGUGUUACGGCCCGAGUGGCUCUUCAGUAUCACAAAGGUCUCAUCCAGCUGAACCAGAGCAGGACGUUUCAGAGCGGAGCCACUGGAUCCCAGUUCACAGGGAAAGCUGUCGAGGAGACCAAGUGCGGAGACUUCAAGGCUGUGGUGGUGGAAGUUGGCGGCAGAGCUUUUUACACCGGUGUGUCAGCUUUCGUGCAGGAGCCAGAUGACAAGCUGACUCAGGGUUUCCUGCUGAAGUGAGACUCAAUCAUAGGGUUUGUUAUUAAAUAUGUUUAUACGUGAACAAAAUUGUUAUCAUUGUUUCAGAAAUCAUGUUUCUUUAUGAGUAAAUCUCACAUUCCCUGAGGCAGCUUUCGACAAAUGGGGUCUCGUCCAGGACGCAACAAAUAAAUAAAUGUAUUAAUUGUAAGAGUCCGACAGCCUGGUGGAGGUCUGGUGUUCGGUACAGCUGCAGUUACUGACCACUAGGUGGAGCCCUGAGCCUGGUGGCUGUCAGAAAUAUUCUUCCAUCACUUUACUUUUUGUCCACUUUCAGGGUCCUGGUGAUAAUAAAUGACUUUUUGACCCAACGUAAAUACUGCAUAAGAAUUCAUUCAAGUGCACAUGCUAAAUUUCCCUCGGGAUCAAUAAAGUAUCUAUCCAUCUUUUUGGCUUAAUACAAAAAACUCAUAACUGUUUUCUCCCAUUUAUUAUCAUCAGGUCAUUGUACAAUGGAAGGCAAUAGUUAAAUUAUAAAAGUCCAAUGGAGGCGUUUGACACUGGAUGGAUUCACACAGCGGACACAAUCAAAGGUUUCACGUCCACAUGUGAUGUUUU